AUGAGACGGCACGGACUAAUAACAAGACAACAGCCGCCGCCUUCUUCCAGCGACGGACGAUCUCACGAGGACCUGGGACCCCAACUCAACACUAUUUUCUGGCUGCUCGCAUCGCUCGCGACAUUCUUUCUCGCGCUACGGUUCUACUGUAAACUGCAACGUGGUCGGCAUCUGUGGUGGGAUGACUAUGUUUUGGCCGCGUCAUGGAUCUCCCUAGUUGUUUCUGCAAGCACAACAUCUGCCUGUGUGGCGUUAGGUUACGGAAAGAACCUGUACGACAUGAACCCGGACAACCUCCCCACCAUGCCCUUCAUUGCCGUGUUCGCGGGGUUCUUCUCCGUCCUUGCCGCCGCCUGGAGCAAGACUUCGUUCGCUCUCACCCUGCUCCGUCUCAGCCAGGCUUGGGUCAUGAAAGCGGUCAUUUGGUUUAUCAUCGUCACCGUCAACGCAAUCCUCGGGACCGCUAUGUUAUUUAUGUGGAUCAAGUGUCGGCCGUUUGCUAAAAUCUGGGAUGGUAGCUUGGAGGGGUGGUGUAUUGACCCGGCUAACAUUGUUAUUUUGUACCAGUGGUCUGCGGGUUGGUCAGGCGGUGCCGAUUGUCUUCUAGCCCUCAUGCCGUGGGCUAUUCUUUACAGAAUGCAACGGACGCUCGAUAUCAAAGAGCGGGUUGGGAUUGGCAUCGCGAUGAGCAUGGGUGUUGUGGCGGGCGCCGCUUCCUUCGUCAAGCUGGCCAUGUUGCCGAAUCUGACGGGAACCGACAGUGUUGCCGUCACCGUCUGGGGCAGCGCAGAAGGCGCGAUCACCAUCAUCGCUGCCUCGAUACCCGUUCUCCGCGGCCUCCUUCGGUGCGAGGGGGACCAUUCGGCCGGCCAAUUCGAUACAAACGAUCAGUACCGACUCAAUACCACGAGCUCCCAGAGCUUCUCGGCGGUUCCGAGGAAAGGCGAUAGAUUGGGUGUGGGCACUUACGCAGCAUAA